AUGAGUAAUCCCUACUCACCUUACGGCACGGGACAGGCACCAUACUAUGGCGCUCCGCCACCAGGCCCCUCGCCGUACGGUGCCUACCCAGGCGCGGCGCCCUACCCCCCGGCUGGGCCUUACGGCGCGACGCCCGGCGCCAACCCCGCCCCCUACCCGCCGUAUGGCCAUGCCCCGGCCCCGGCCCCGGCCCCGGCGCGGCCGUCAUCCAGCUAUCAUGGGUCCACGGGACUCGCGCAGCCCUCCUCCGGAUCCGGGCCAUACUAUGCCCCUGCUCCCGGGCCGAGUGGCCUGUACAAUCCCACCGGCAGCCAAAUGGCCCCCCCUUCGGGCCCCUAUUCGCCCUACGGAUCGACCACUGGGCCUUACUCGCCACCCGGAGCCACCCCCUAUCCCUCGGGACCAUACAUGGCAGGACCCUAUGCUCCGGCCGCCGGCAACCCAGCCACAGGCGCUCCAGGUCCGUAUGCCCCGGCUGCCAGCGGCAAUGCCGGGACUCCAUAUGCCCCGGCCGCUGGUGGCGGCGGCGGCGGCGGCGGCGGCAGUGGCGGCAAUCCAUCCUACGCCGGCCCGGUGCCAGGUGGCUCGCCGUACGCCCCGGUCCCUGGUGGAAGCACCCACAGCCCCUACGGCUCGGGCUCAUUCACUCCGGCCACGCCAAGCAACCCGUAUAAUACAUCGGCCACGGCGGCGCCGAGCAAUCCCUACGCCGCACCGGCCACAGCGGCCCCGACCGCGCCGCCACCUGGCGCUCCAUACUCGGCCACCGCUCCGGUGGUCGCCAGUCCCUACUCCACCAGCACCGGGUCUUUGGCCGCGGGCACGCCCACGGUGCCCGUCGUUUCGAGCCCCUACGCCACCGGCACCGUGCCCUCGUCAACCUCCUUCCCAGCCUCGCAGGGGCCCCCGACGCCAUAUUCCUCGACCCCGAGUCCCGCCCCCACGCCAUACACCUCAGAUCCCAAGCGCGAGCCUCCCGCCCGGCCAUCACCUUACCAGCAGCAAAUGUCGCCGCACUCGCAGCAGCCGCAGCCGCAGCCGCAGCAGCCGCACAAUCCCUAUACCGCGGCAUCCUCCCAAGCCCCGCCAGGCAUCGGCGGGCAGCACGCAACUCCGGCCUUUAAUCCGUAUGAAAACUUUGCGCGGCCUAACACCCCUUCCACAGCCACACCAACAGCAUCCGGACCGCCGACCAUGACGACUACCAUGUCUGGCGCGGCCCCGGCGGCUGCCACAGUCCCGGCUGCUGCCCCGCCCACCGAGACUCUGCUUCCCUCGCUAUCGGCCAUGGCGGUUUCCUCACAGGCGGCUGUAUCCUCCUUCGAUGACAUCCCCCUGGCAGACCCCUUCCAAUUUACGCGAGCCCUUGAGCAGCAGGCGGCCGAUGUAAGUGCCCUUUGCGCCGGACAUCAUCCAAGCCAUCCAUCGCUGCGGCGUGUGGGCCCGGCUGCCGGGACCCCCGCAGCCGGGGAUCCGAUUCCGGCGGGCAUUCGUGCUGAUCGCGAAGUGGUCCUCCACUCGCAGGCAGAUAUUGCCCUGUACUUUGGGAACGCCAAAAGCCCUGCCUCCCACCCGGUCACCGCGACGCUCACCAGCCACCGGGUGCUCUUCACCGAGGCCAGUGCCGAUGGCACCCCCACGCCCGGGCGGGCCUCUUGGUUUCUGGAACUGGACCGGGUUCGGGCUCUCGGCCGGCGCAUCGCCAUGCCCUUCAAGUCGGCGCGGGUCCUGCUCUCGGUGGACCCGCCGCUGGUGGGCGAUGCGGACUUCACAUCGUUCCUUGGCCACCAUCAACAAGAGUCAAGUGGACAGGACACCCGGUUGGAGCGCUUCGACGAGCGGGUCCUUCGUGUGCGCUGCCUUUUGCCGGACUUCCAGCCAGCUAGCACGAUCCAUUCCUUGGUUCAAUCAUCCCCCUCCGGGCAAAGUGCCCGGCAACUUGUGCGACUGGUGGAGCCGCGCAUCGCCGCCACCCUCCCCAACCAAGUUGACUGGGGCCAACAAAUUCACCUGUCUUUCCGUGCCGGUGGGCAACCGGCCUUCCUGGCCGCCCUGGAGAAGGCCCUUCAGCGUCGGGACUGGCUACGCCAGGCCGUGCAACAUCUCAAUGAUGAGCGCUCGCGCAACACAACCAGCACACGGCAGUCGGGCAUUGCUCAGGCCAUGGCCGCGGCCGCGGCCAGCCGUCAACGCGCGCUGGAGACCGUCAACACCGAAGCAUCGGACCUCGAAACACUCAUGUUCCGCGCACAGGCCAUUGUCGAGCUGGUCAAGGCCCACAAUGUCCGCCUGAAGCGUCAGCAGGCCGAGGAGCAUGGCGAAGAAAGCACGGACUCCCUUGACCAAGAGUCAUCGUGUGUCCGGGAUUACCUCCAGGACUUGGGCAUCACGAGUCCUGUCACCCGCGACACCGCCGGUGGAGACUACUGGCAGGCUCUUAGUCGCGAGCUUUCCUCCUUCGUGGGCCGCCUACUGCAGCGCAAGAAUGUCCAGGCAAUCACAUUGACCGAUCUCUUCUGUGACUUCAAUCGCGCUCGCGGUGCUGGAGCUCUGGUUUCCCCGGCCGAUCUGGCUCGCGCGGCGGAUCUUCUCCCCUCGGUCUCCUCGACCGGGAGCGGGCGUUUUGCCACGCGCCGGCUUCCCAGUGGCGUGGUGCUGGUGCUGAAUGCGGACACCUUCACCGAUGAUGCCGUGGUCGACCGUGUGCUGAAUCUUUUCCCCGACAAUGAGUCCCCUGAUGCUGCGACCGGCGUUACUCCGGCUGAUGUUGCGGUGGCCGAGCGCGUUGGUAUUAUUCUGGCGCAAGAGUUCCUCAUGCUUGCCGAGCGCACCGGGCUCCUCUGUCGGGACGAAAGUGUCCAAGGUCUGCGUUUCUUCCGGAACCACUUCCAGACGGCGCUCUAGGCUGGCUUUGGAAUUACGUCCUAUAGCACUGUCAGUGAAAUAUAAGCCCACCCACACGCACACACAUACA